UUAAUGUUCAGAAAAAAAAUGGGAGAUAGAGAUGAGCUCCAUGUAUUGGCAGUUGAUGAUAGUGUUAUUGAGAGAAAGUUCUUGGAGAUAAUGCUCAAGAAAUCACAUUAUAAAGUAACUACAGCAGAAAAUGGAUUGAGAGCAUUGGAGCAACUAGGAUUGAUUGGAGAUGAAAAUCCAAGCACAAUGGAAGGAAAUGAUCUGAAGGUCAAUCUCAUAAUCACAGACUAUUGUAUGCCAGGAAUGACAGGAUAUGAAUUAAUGAAGAAGAUUAAGGAGUCACCAAACUUGAAGACAAUCCCAGUAGUGAUCAUGUCAUCAGAAAACAUUCCAACCAGAAUAAAAAAGUGCUUAGAAGAUGGAGCUGAAGAGUUCAUGCUGAAACCUCUGCAACAGUCUGAUGUUCUCAGAUUAAGAAACCAUGUACCAUAACAAUUUAGUCUUCAGAAAUAAAGAUCACUUUUUUUGAUUGACAAUUGAGAAAUAGAAACUAUAAAAAGAAAGAAAAUUUAAAAAAAAACAUAAAAAAACAAAAAUCAAUGGAAAUGAGUGUGGUGGUGGUUGUGAUGAUGGUGCCUGUAAUCAUCCAAGCCAAAACAUUGCAAGAUUGGGUAACAUGCCAGAAAAGCACACCUUCCAAACAUUCUAAACACUGAAGAAACUAAGUAACAGGGACAACAACAGCAGGACAAGAAUGGAUCAUCAUAUGGGCUUGGAUUUCCAUGGUGAUGAUGAUGAUGAUGAUGAUGGUGAGCCAUGAUGAUGAAGAAGAAGAAGAAGAAAGGAAUAAACUUUAAGAUGAAGAUGAGUUCAAAUCAGUUCAAGAACAUAUAAAAGACAUACCUUUGCAUGAAUCAAAGUUUUUGCUUUUC